AUGCGCUUCGACGUCUUGUUGCGUCUCGCCUCUGCCCAAGCCGUCCUCCUGGGAUUCGCGGCCGCAUCGCCGGCUGGUGUCCCCCGUGGUCGGCUUGGUGCGAGACAGGAUAGCGCUGUCCCCACUGCGGAAGAGAAUGAACGGGCCGCGCAGAUCAAAGACAUCUUCACCACUGCUUGGGAGGGCUACUACACUUACGCUUUCCCCAACGACGAGCUGCGACCGCUCAACCGGACCUUUGUGAGCAAUUACAACGGGUGGGGGUUGACCGUGGUGGAUGCCCUGAGCACGGCUAGCAUCAUGGGCCUGCAGUCCAUUGUGGACAGGUCCUUGGAAUUCAUUCCCACAAUCGACUACACUCACGAUUCUACGAACAGGAAGUGCAGCUUGUUUGAGACCAAUAUCCGCCAUCUCGCUGGUCUCCUCUCUGCCCACGACCUCCUGACUGGCCCAUUGGCACACCUGGUCAAAAAUGAAACCCAAGCCGCCGCACUCCUCCCGCAAGCGCGUCUCCUCGCCGACACGCUCAAGUUCGGCUUCGACACGCCGACGGGCAUCCCGUCCAACGGGCUCUACAUCAACAACCGCUCGACCGACGGCGCGACCGACAACAACAUCGCCCAGGUCGGCACGCUAGUGCUCGAGUGGACCCGGCUGUCGGACCUCACGGGGGAGCCGGAGUACGGCGAGCUCGCGCAAAAGGGCCAGGACUGGCUCGUCAGCCCGCGCGGCAAGUUUGGCGAGCCGUACCCGGGCCUGAUUGGCAUCGAGAUCAACAUCACGACGGGGAGGUUUACGAGCGAGGAAGGGGGGUGGGUGGGGGGUGUGGACAGCUUCUAUGAGUAUCUGAUCAAGAUGUUUGUGUAUGACCCGACGAGGUUUGAGUUUUAUAAGGAUCGAUGGGUAACGGCCGUCGAGUCGAGCAUCAAGUAUCUCGAGUCGCACCCAAGCUCGCGGCCGGACCUGACCUUCCUGGCCUUCCACAACGGCUCCCGCAUCGUCGGCUACAGCGAACACCUCGCGUGCUUCGACGGCGGCAACUUCAUCCUGGGCGGCCUUGUGCUGGAGGAGCAGCGCUACAUCGACUUCGGGCUGAAGCUGGUCGACGGCUGCGAGGCCAUCUACAACGAGACACUAACCGGCCUCGGCCCCGACGUCUUCCGCUGGGACCCACUCAGCAACACCAACCAAACCAACGGCGGGACCCCCAUCCCCGCCAACCAAACCGCCUUCUACGCGCGCGCCGGCUUCUGGAUCGACGCCGCCGGCGGCGGCAGCGGCUACGGCCUCGGCCCCGAGGCGCUCGAGUCCUUCUACUACGCCUACCGCGCCACCGGCGACCGCAAGUACCAGGACUACAUCUGGCACGCGGUGCGGAACCUGCGCGAGUUCUCCACCGUCGCGGGAGAUGUCGGUUUCAGCACGCUAAAGGACGUCAACGCGGCCGGUGGCGGCGGCUUCGCGAAUUAUCAGCCGAGUUUCUUUUUGGCGGAGACGCUCAAGUAUGCGUUUUUGGCGCAUGCGCCGCAGGAGGGGGUGCAGGUCGGGGGCGGGUGGACGGCGGGGGCGCAGGAGUGGGUGUUUAAUACUGAGGCGCAUCCGAUGAAGGUGGUUAGGUGA